UAAUUCGGUCAGGCCACCUUGUGUGUACGGCCGAUCUCACGUGUUCAUUCAUUCUGCUAGCUGUGCAACGUAGUGAAACUCACUCACGCAUAUUACCAUGCCGUUUUUCUAAGAUCCACAUUCAGCUUUAGGUUCGGACAGUACUUUUAUACACAGAACCACAUGUAUUGCGUGUCUGCAUUAGACUAUAGUGCGAAAGGUGUGGUUUCGACGACUGCAUCCAAUGACACAUGGAGCCGUGCACUUCUUAAGAAAAUUUAGUCAUGUGCUCUUCGGCCGCCACUUGGUGGCAACCAAUGCCACAAUAUCAACAGUCAUGGGCAUUGUCGGUGACCUCGUCCAGCAGCACUACGAAGUUAUGUCCGGCCACCAGGUUGCCAUCAAUUCAGUGCGGACAUCGCACAUGGCAGCGGCUGGUCUGUCUACUGGCAUGGUGUGUCACUAUUGGUAUGUCUUACUCGACCGGUGGAUGCUGGGGCGGUCCGUGCGUACUGUUUUGCUGAAGGUGCUCUAUGACCAAGUCGUGUUUUCACCCAUCAAUCUUGUUGUUUACUUUGGGACGGUGGGUUUGCUAGAGCGUUCCAGCUGUGGCGAACUGAGCCAUGAGCUCUGGUUUAAAGGUGGUGCCAUCUAUAAGGUUGAAUGGAUAGUUUGGCCACCUGCACAGUUUCUCAACUUUUAUGUCCUUCCUCUUAGGUAUCGUGUCAUCUUUGACAACCUCAUUUCCUUUGGUUUUGAUGUGUACUUACCGUAUGUCAAGUAUAAGGACCACAGGCCUCACACCAACCACAGCUGAUUCGUUUUGCGUGUUGAACUACUGUCAUUGUUUACAAAGGCUAAAGCAGUCGCAACAGAAAGCAAUGUUGCUACAUCUUCAGUAAGCAUAAGACGUGUGAAGAAGCCUUGGAAAGUGGAGCUUAACAGAAUUGCACUGUAUCUAUGGGAUACUAAGCAGAGAUUCGCACUGUCACAAGAAAGUAACUGCCAGCCUAGUGGCCAGGUGCCUUUUACUAUUUUUGUGAUAUGUUCAACUGAACUGAACGAUUAAGCUUAAGAGGAAGCUUUAGCUCGGGUGCUCCUAUCUAAAUACAUGUAAAAGGAGAAUUCGUUUUUCUCGGCAACGACUGCAGCAAAUUUGACAAGGUUUGUCAUUUGAAAGAAAAACUUAAAAUCUAGUGACUGUUGGUUUCAGAUAUUUUAUUUAGGUUGUGAAUUUUUUAUUAAAAAUUGGCAAAAAUCGGAAAUUUUCAAAAAACGAAACUAUCAUGUUUACAACUCUGUAACUCAGCAAUGAAAAUUAAUAAUACAAUUCCGUGAAUUGCAUCUAAUAGUACAUCUCAAGCGGACAAAAUUGAUAUUUUACACAUGAAUCUCAAAAAAUGUAAUAAUAUGGAAAUCCUGCUUUUGCAGACACCUUGUAAACAACGUAACAAACUCAUGAAGAUAUAAAAUGACGUAUCGAAUUUGUCCGCUUUGAAUGAUCUAAUGGAUGCCGUUUACAAAACCGAGAUAUCUGUUUUUUAUUCAUAGCUAUGAAUCUGUAAACUUCGUGCUUCUAUAUUUCAAAUUUUCGAAUUUUUGAAAAUCUCUUUAACAAAAUUCAAGACCUAAAUAAAAAUUCCGCGACCAACAGUCACUACAAUUUAACUUGUUGUCUCAAAUGCAACAAAUAUCAUUAAAAUCGGUCCAGGGGUUAUCUCAGAAAAAUGUUUUUGCGUUUUUACAUAUAUUUUAAUAUGCUGCGUCGGAGUUGGGCCCGAGCUAAAGCUUCCUCUUAACAGAAUUCAUCUUUGGAGUCUACUGUAUGUUGAAGUUCUGUUGACGCACCAAGUGUAAUGCUGUCUACAAGAAUUCUUGCAUGAAAAACACGAUCGCCACGUCUAUUUCACCAUGCUUCAGUACAGGUGUGGUACUAUAUCGUAUUUAGCUUCCUCCUCCUCUUAGUCAGAUGCAUUUUUUGCCAGAUUUGCAGCAAAACCAAAACGGAUUUAAAGGCUCACUAAAGGCAAAUACUAAGUCGACACGGACUGUUUAAAUACCUUUGCAGAAACUUCAUAAUGCAUGUUUCGUGCCAAGAAAAGACUUAGUUUAUAGAAAAUAUACAUCUAAAGGGUACGAAUACCUUUUCCGAAAUUCAAAUCUCCCGCCACCCAACCGGGGGAGUGGUGACGUUGCAUACGCCAUCACUAAAUUAAGGGGCUUUAGCCAUCAUCACCCUGUGCUGCUGCUGGUGAGUAAAAUGGCGGCCGACAGACGGUGGUACCGAGCCAAGACAGAGUGGCGGAUAUGCCGCUGCAGCUGCUGUUUUGUCAAGUGGCAUAGACCAUUCGGGCAUCCACUCAACAUCACAUGCAAGUUGAAUUCCUUGCUACUUGCAGUUUGUGCAAGUGUCGCAAGACAGCAAAACCAGCGCAGCACGUAUAGCGCCAGAAUACGUAUAGUGCCAGUACUAGUGCCAGAACUUGACUGAGGAGUGCUUUCGUCAUCGGGCAAGUGCUUGAAUGCCCCGGGAGAGUCUCUAAUCAUGUCCUGCAUUUACCUCGCUUUCUCUGUUAGUAAAGCUCUGUUCGCAAUAAUAUUGACGCUUUAGAGAUUCUCGGACAGUAAUCUAUCACUUUAGCUUGACUUAGUAGUUGCCUUUAGUGUUCCUUUAAUAUAUAUAUAUAUAUAUAUAUAUAUAUAUAUAUAUAUAUAUAUAUGCUCAGUGAUUUAAAUGUGUCGCAAGGCUCUGCAAAAAGCUAUAAGGGGACCAUCAUAGUAGAUGUCAGGCAUGCCAGGUGCACAAGAUUGAGGACAUGGCUUCGAUUUGCCAUAGGCAUUAACAUCACAUUCUAUUUGUCUAGGCACUAAACUUUGCCUUCACAAACACUUUUGUCACCUAUUUAACAAAUUUAUUUGAAAGUAAGGGCUUCCAAUCUGACACAGGAGAUGAAGCUGUGCCUUGCCUCAGUCGCAAACAACGGCGACUUGCAGAUUGCUACCUUCUUGAAUGUCGCCAAAUCUUUUCUUUUUGGGCUGAGACAACAGUUUGUGGGCAAUUGUGAUCUUAACCGAAAAGAAAUAAGCAUUGCCAGUGGUCAGAGGCCAUUUAGGCAGUUGAGUUUCUCCAGCAGAUGAAGGCUGUGAUGAGUGAGAAUCAUGAAAAGCAAAUUAUGGCCAUUGUGGAGCAGCAUCAAGUGGCCAAUUCAGCAGUUAAGUUUUCUAUGCACAGUGUCAUUAGAUGCUAUUCCUAAGUAAUGGAUUUGCUUGCUUCUACAGUGCCUGCACUACGAUGAGUAGCUAGCUCUGAACUUCUGUGGCUGUGUCACUUUAAAAGUGGUGUCCUAGUUCUGAACAUGAACCUGCUACACUGCUAUGUAUGGGGGGGCAUCACCAAGAAAGAGACGAAUAGCCACACAAUGCUAAAAACUCAAAGGGCUACUAUUGUGGAAGCACUGCGAAAUAUCAACACACACAGAUAUCUGAUCUGAGCAUGCAGUCAUUAUUGAAGUUGAAUUCAGUUAGUAGUUGAGGCUGAGGAUGGUUUUGUUCAACUGUCUUGGAAAACAGCGGUAUAAGAAACAACGUAAAAGAUUUGGAACAAAUAUAUCUAUUCUUGUUUGGAAUAUUGUUGCUUUUGGGAAGUUGUCACUAUGUCCUCAAAUACGUCAUGUACCUGUUAUUCUGUCAUAUGGCAUUUCUUACGAUACAUCAAAAGCUUAGCGCACUCAAUGUCGUGCUCAGCAGCAAAAUACGCCAACAGUAAGCCACUUCAGUUGCAUGUUUGAACAAAUUAAGAUGGGCCAUCUGGCUGGUUCACUAUAAUCCACCAUCAGAAAUCACACAUGAAAAAUAGACGCAAGUUUCAAAGUUCUGCUUGUGUGUCUUGCUUUGUUCAAUGUGUACUUUAUAAAGAAUUUGCUUCUUCAGAUCUUCAGAUAGCAGUAGAUGCUGUGGCUGUUUUGUGUAAUUAUUCUACUUUAAGUGCCUUACAAUGAGAGCUCUGUAAAUAUUGCUGAAUCUUUCUUGUGUCACUCAGAGGCAUGCAAACCAGUAUGGAGUCUUACUCUGUCCUAUGUAUACAAAUAUGUAAAUAUUUGUAAUGAUUCUGUAUGUGUAUCUUUACUGUUGCUUUUUAUUAAAUUUUAUCGUUCAUUACGUA